ACUUAAGCUAGCACAGAGCUGCUUGAGGGAAGUCAAGGAAAAUCAACUGUGGGGGACAGUUCUGACACGGCUCCUGAGAUACUCCUAGAAAAAUGGCCAAGUUCCUACCAGUUCUGCUGUUUGCAACCCAGCUUUCUUUGAUAGCAGCUUUAUUCAGGGUCAGUGUUGUUCAACCUCAUUACUCUGCAGAAUAUGGGAGCAAUGUGACUAUAGGAUGUCGCUUUCCAGCUGAUAACUCCUUGAAUCUGACACAUUUAAAUAUCUUCUGGCAGCAAAAACUGUCAGAGGAAUCCAAGGAAGUUUACAAGCUCCAAAAUGGACAAGAAGACCUCUCAGGGCAACACCAACAUUUUCAAGGAAGAGCUACAUUGCUACAUGAGGAAUUGAAAAGGGGCUAUUCUAUGCUACAUAUCACCCAUGUAAGGAUCACAGAUGCUGGAAGUUACCUUUGCGUUGUUAACUAUCAUGAAGCUGACCACAAGUAUAUUGACUUGAAAAUUGAAGCACCUUACAAGGGGAUAAACAUCCAGGAAAGAAAAGAAGAAGAGGAUCAUAUCUUAACUUGUCAAUCAGAAGGGUAUCCCCUGGCUAAAGUUUUUUGGGUUUAUGAAAAGAAAAUAAAUGACACAAUAUUUGCAAACACUACAUAUAAGCUGACAGAUGCGGGACUUUUCAACAUAACCAGUGUCUUGAGAAUCAGACCAAGUAUUCCUGGAAAUUACAGCUGCAUAUUUCAAAAUAAGGAAUCAAGGCAAACAUCAGCUCACAGAACAGUAUUUCCAACAGAUCAAAGAAAUGCAUCGGUCAUCAGGAAAAAUUCCUUGAGCUUGUUUAUCCCAACAGUUGUAUAUAUUGCUAUGAUUUUGUUUAGUACCAUUAAAGUCUGAGGGGAAAAAA